AUGGCCUGCACGGAGAAUACCCCACCGCCUAAGGACCUUCAAAAAUGGUACGAUGAGCUAUAUGCAGAUCUACCAGAUCUGCCUGAUGCUUUGGAGGAAUCCUUGAGGUCGAAAUACGAUUUCCGCAUAGGUGUUCGGGAGAACAACAAUGUUCCCAUUACAUAUCUCGACCAGGACGACAGUGGUACCUUCGAUCCAGCUAGCAAAAAGCCACCAGAAUGCGUGGUUAUCAACAGAAAAAAGCGGGAAAGGAGAGAGCGCAUCGAUGACGGGACACCCAAGAAACUCAAGACCAACACGUGGCAGGGAGGAAGACGGACGGGACGUCAACUUCCAGUGGUGCUCAAAUUCACCUCUGAAAAUGGACGAGCAACACUGAAGGACUUCGGAACUUCACUAGACGACUGGCCAGAGCGCUUGCCGGAUCCAGAUAGCAGUGAUGAUAGCCCGAUUGACUGGCUAGAAUUCCAUGCCCAACCAUAUGAUCUUCGCGAACGUAGGAGAUGUGAUCUUUCGAAUCCUGCAAAUGCGGCUUGGGAUGAUGACCUCCGUUUGGAAGACAUAACGCUAGGCUACCCAGCUUACCGAGGAUGCAAAGGAUGCUUUGACUGGGGAUUCCGUUGCCCCUUGCUGGACGAAGGGUCCAGAUACCCAUGCGCAGAAUGCGCUGCUGACGAUGCAGAGUGCGAACUCAUUGUGGAACCGGCUGUGAAGCGCACGUGUGAAGGAUGUCGUAGCCGGAGACAGCAAUGUUCUUACAGAGAAAAGGGAGACGACCAUAGUAAACCAUGCCAGCAGUGUGCCAAGGCUUCUCGAAAGUGCGUGGCGGGACCGGCAAGUGGAAGGACAAGGACCGGGCCAUCGCUGGGCCAAGGUGCCCCUCGACUUGCCCCUCGACCCCGAAAACAAAACGCUCAACCCCGAAAACAGUGUGCUCAGACCCGAAGAUCAAACGUUGGCUGUACCCAACGCCUACGAGACAAGGAAUUGUGCUCGCACAUAUCUUACAUGGAGCAGGCAGAGUGCGGCCGUUGCUGCAGGGGAGGUACAUCCUCUACCGUCGAGUCACCGGAAUCCCCAGCCCCCAUGUCUAGCAAAGGGAGGGAAAAGGAGCAUGAAAUCUGUAGCCACAAGCGAAGCCAGCCUGCGGCUGCAGAGCCAACGGAGUCGAAUCGAUACCGGACCAUUACUACUAAGCUUGCCCACCCUAUCCAAUUCAACUAUGCAUAUGAUGAUGAUGAGGGAACAGCGCCGUGUCACUGGUGUGAAGAUGCGAUUUACGGGAUUCUUGGACUUGGGGAGGUUGAAGUUGGAAUCUUUGACAACGAAGACGGUCAAGGCUUCAUUGAAAUCGUGGACGGCCACGCAGCAACGUAUGGUCAUAGCCGUAUGUGCGAGUUUUGCACAACGGAUCGCCUCAAGGUUACCGCUUGCAAAAAUCAUGAAAUCGAGCCCAUCGCGAGCAUGGACCCAGACAAAUUCGAUUACAAAGGCGUUAUGGAGUGGAUGAUGCCAGGCAUGGCGUCGUUGGCGCCGUUUGCAUGGUGCUCUAUAUGCCCUAGCCCUGCGUUCUAUUGUUGCUCCGCGAAACCAGGUAUCGAUAUGAUUGGGCAAGAGGAGGAUCUCUAUCUAGGGGAUCAGAAAGGGUGUGGCUUGUUGUUAUGCGAGUCCUGUGCUGUCACCUUGAUUGGCGGGCACGAAGGAAAGCUGGACAGACUGAUUGAUAGCCUGGAAAAGGAUGGAGAAGAUGGAGGGUUUGGAAUACGAGCGGACGCAAACUUUCUACAUUCAAAAGGAGAACUUCUGCGGAGGAUGGGACUGUUUUAG